ACUGUCAACGUUUUAGUGGUUAUGCCAAACACUUCACUCUUGCAUCCUAAGUUUUACUCUCAUUCCCUUAUCUCAUAAAAACCCAAACACCAAAAUAAAGUUACUCUCUCUGCAAUCUGCAUUUUCACUGAUUCAAAUCGAAUGCAGGUUCUUGUGGAGACAAAGUAAAGAUGAUUCUUCUCAAAGACAUUGUGCCUGCAGCUCAGAACAACAUAGACACUAAAUUUAUUCUUUUGGAGAAAGGCGAGAGCACACUGGAAGGGCAAAAUAAGAUAUGUUUGGCACUGGUGGCUGAUGAGACCGCAGCUGUUCAUUUUCAGCUUUGGGGAGAUGAGUGUGAUGCAUUUGAUUCAGGUGACAUAAUUUAUCUUACCAAAGGUAUCUUUUCCUACCAGCGUGGCAACCUUAUACUAAGGGCAGGCAAGAGAGGGAAGCCAGAGAAGAUAGGAGAAUUUACAAUGUCCUAUGUUGAGACACCAAACAUUAGUGAAAUUCAUUGGAUUCCUGAUCCAACCAAUUCUAAGAAUUAUAUCCAAGACUAUGUAAUAUCUCCUGUGUCACGCAUCUUCCCGCCAGCUCUGGAUGAAUGAGGAUGUAAACCAUUAUGAAUUUGUUGCAAAAUUUACAGAUUUAGAUUUGUAGU